GGAUGUAUCCUAGGAACAGGAGGCAUGCGUGGUGAGGUCUUGUGCCUCGCUGUCCCUCCCUUCCUCUCCUCCUCUCUCCUCCUCUCUCCUCUUCUCCUCUCUUGCUAACAUGCCAUCAUGUAAUCGCAUCCUCGCCUGCCGACACACACCAGCUCUCUCCAUAGCAACCUGUCAGGAACCAGGAGAACACGUCCAGCAUGGCAGCAGAGGAAGCAGUGCGCGUGUGAGAGGACGCCGAGGUCCAGCGCUCGCCCAGCACGCGGGGGGAGGACGGAGCGGAAGAUGGACAACUCCUCCUACGCCGGCGCUCCGUGAACAGGGUGUGUCGGUGUGUCAUGGCGUCUGCAGGACCUGAGCUGCAGUGGAAGUGGAUAGAGCUGCAUGACUUGGUGUCCCUGCGUGCUGUAGAGAAGAAGAUUCACGCUGGCACCGCAGUCAGGCCGAGGCAGUGGAGACUCCACGGUCGUCCCCGUCACUCUCGGCUAGACGAACACAAGCUGCAUUACGCCGCCUGGGACGGACGCCUGGAGCACGUGAAGGGCCUGGUGGACUGCGGUGUCCCCGCUGACUGCACAGAUCCUCGCGGCUGGACGUCCAUCCACCACGCUGCUUUCAGAGGUCACCUAGCUCUGCUCCGGUUCCUGCUUCAUACCAGUGGAAUUGAGGUGAACACCCCGGAUAUCUUCGGCUGCACCCCUCUGCACCGCUCCUGCAUGGGAGGCAACAAAGACGCCACUGAGUACCUCCUCCAGAAGGGUGCAUCCCACGAGGCACGCUCCUGCUGUGGACAAACGCCACUCCACCUGGCUGCGGCUGGAGGGCACCUGGGGACGGCGCGGACGCUGCUGCAGCACUUGGCGUCGCCUGAUGUCCUGGACUCCCGCAGGUGGACGCCGUUGCACUGGGCCGUGUUCGGGGGUUGGGGCGACGUCGCCGAGCUGCUGCUGGAUAAUGGGGCGGAGCUGGAAGGCCCAAGCGGAGUGGUCACGAGUCCCCUGCAGCUGGCUGUGAUGAUCGGCAACGAGGCAGCCGUCAGACUCCUGCUUCAUCGUGGAGCCGAUACUAACCUCAGAGGUUCUAACGGGCGAACAGCACUGCACCUGUGCUCCUGCUCUGCCGAAAAGAAGAUCCUACAGCACCUGCUAGCCGCUGGGGCGAAGGUGUGUGUGAGGGACAGGGAUCAGGCCACUCCGCUGCACCUGGCUGCCCUCAGCGGCUCCGGAGCGGUUCUCCACCUCCUUAUCCUGAACGGAGCCGGGCUGGAGGACAGGGAUAGCCUUCACAUGACCCCGCUGCAUUACUCCACACUAAAGGACAACGCUGAAGCCGCGAAGCUCCUGUUGCAUUAUGGAGCAGAUGUGGAUGCAGCUGAACGGCUGGGGAGGACCCCACUUCACCUGGCCAUCGAAAGGGGACACUGCAAGGUUCUGAGUGUCUUGCUGGAGAGAGGUGCAGAUCCGUCCAUUAAGACGAAAUGGAAGGAGACUGCGGAAGACCUGGCGAGAACGCACAAGCAGUACGGGUCACUCAAAGUGCUCCAGGAACACAGGAAACCUUUGGUGAAACCUCAACCUCCAGUCUACACUAUUACUGAGAGUGUAUGGUAACGAGAGAAGUACGGAUCGACCCGGACACCAGUGGACUGAGAUCCGGUGUAACGUUUAAGCUACUGGGAUGGACCGUAUUGUUGUGCUGAAUUUAUCUGUCUGGUGAUGUUUAAGCCCUUUUUAACAGAUUAAUCUGUAAUUUGUUGUACCAUACUGAAAAUUAAAGAGCUUUAUUGUGCAACGUUU